AUGCCACGCGAGUGUGAGUUGUGUGGCACGGAACGUGCAGUGCUACGGCGGCCCAAGACAGGGGAUCUUGUGUGUCGCGCCUGUUUCUUUCAUGUAUUCGAGACGGAGGUGCACCAGACCAUUGUGGAAGCCCAACUGUUCCGCCGUGGGGAUCGUGUGGCAAUAGGAGCCAGUGGAGGAAAAGACUCGACCGUCCUGGCCUAUGUGAUGAAGACACUGAAUGAGCGGUACGACUAUGGGCUGAACUUGUUCCUGCUCAGCAUUGAUGAGGGAAUCACGGGGUAUCGUGAUGACAGUCUUGAGACAGUGAAGCGGAAUCAAGAGCAGUAUGGCAUCCCACUCAAAGUGCUAGGAUACAAGGAGCUGUAUGGGUGGUCGAUGGACGACAUUGUCGCAUCGAUUGGACGCAAGAACAACUGCACAUUCUGUGGUGUGUUCCGACGACAGGCACUGGACCGUGGAGCGGCGUCCCUGGGCGUCGACCACAUUGUAACGGGGCACAAUGCAGACGAUAUGGCAGAGACGGUUCUGAUGAAUGUGCUGCGUGGUGAUAUUGCUCGGCUCGAACGAUGUACAGACAUUAUUACCAAGGGCCCCGACGGUGUAGAUGGUGAUGAGGAUGACGACGAGACCGAAGGAUGUGGUGCGGGACGAAGUGGGUUCGGUGGAAGUGGGAUUCGACGUAGCAAGCCGUUCAAGUACGCGUACGAAAAAGAGAUCGUCAUGUAUGCCUACUUCAAGCAGCUGGACUACUUUAGCACUGAAUGCAUUUACUCGCCGAACGCAUACCGUGGGUACGCACGUGCAUUCCUCAAGGACCUCGAGAGCAUUCGGCCCUCCAGCAUCAUCGACAUCAUCCACAGCGGCGAGAACUUGCAUGUCGCAGGCCAGGUUAAGCGUGCAGUUCAGCGAACCUGCACACGAUGUGGCUACAUUUCUUCGAAUGAGCUGUGCAAGGCUUGUGUGCUGCUCGAAGGAUUAAAUCGCGGCGCACCUGCACUGGGCGUCCGCUCCGACAAGUCACGCGCGGUAAGAGAAGCGCGUUUAGACGGCACUAGUGAUAUCGGACGUACAAUUCCACGAUGGGAAGGUGUGCAACGUUCCAGUGCUACAGCAUGGUAA